AAAACAGAAAACGUAACUGACUUGGUUGCUAUCAGUCUACUAACAUAGAGCUCGUAUAUAAUAAACCGGAAUAGACAGGUCUUAACAUUAUAUAUGUGCGUCAUCCCAUAAACGCCGAGAAAUGCAGCAAUAUGAGAUGUUACGUAUUGUAAUUCAUAAAAGUAGAUGUUACCGGAUAUCUGUGGGUGACAGAUAUAUUCUGUUUUUAGAUUCGAUUCAAGGGUCUCAAAAUACAUAAGAUACACCCAAAAACUGGCACGUCUCAAAUCCUG